AUGGAGCAUGGAAAGCGUCUGGCUGGCCUUCUCCUGGCUGUCACUCUUCUUCAAGCCACCAUCUCUUCUGUCUCCACAGGUUCCGUGGUCCAGUCACAGGAAGGAAACCAUUUGAUCAGUGUGGAUGACCAUCGAGAAGAUGGUUCAGCACUUCUGACUUGUGACUUGGAAGACAAAGAUAUCCAAUGGUUCAAAAAUGGGGAAAUAAUAAGCAAUUCAAAUAAAAAUACAUGGAAUCUGGGGAGUAUUAUCAAGGAUCCGCGAGGGAUUUACCACUGUGAAAGCUCAAAGAACAGGUCAAAGCCACUUCACAUAUAUUACAGAAUGUGCCAGAACUGCAUUGAGGUAAACAUCGCCACCAUCUCUGGCUUUAUCUUCACUGAAAUCAUCAGCAUUUUCUUCCUUGCUGUUGGAGUCUACCUUAUUGCUGGACAGGAUGGAGCUCGUCAGUCAAGAGCUUCAGAUAAGCAGACUCUAUUGCCUAAUGACCAGCUCUACCAGCCCCUCAAGGAUCGAGAGGAUGACCAAUACAGCCACCUUCAAGGAAAUCAACUGAAGAAGUGAGCUAAGGACUCAGAGUGUUCUCCCUUCUCUCCAGUUCUCAGAAUCAAAGCAACAUAUUUUUGGAAGUGUUCCCAGCAGAUUUUCAGACCUAUAUCGAGACUUAAGUAUCACCGAGAUGGAAAAUCUCCUUUCAGGGCAGAUUUGUGUUUUUGUCAAAAUAAAAGGAAGGCUAUGGUUGAAAGGGUUUGCUCAGUGGUAGAGAACUCGCAGCGUCCUAAGGGGUUGUAUGGUGUUCAAGCUCGGGAGCGCCACCUAUUGGUAAGAAGUUGUAAAAAGAAAAUCUAAAAAGAUCAAAUACAUAUAUUUUUUUAAUUUUAUUGAGUUUUUGUGGGUCACAAUCCUCAUGGUUCAAAUAUUCAAAUAUUGAGUGGGCUCAAUAUCCAUCCACAGGCAUCCAGUUGUAGUUGUCAUACGUUUCUUGA